AUGUCUGGGGCCACGGGCGGACACGUGGCAGGACACGUGGCAGGACACGUGGAGGAGGGGAGCGAGGGGGUACAUUCGCGAGGCGGCAGCGUGGAGCGUAACGACAGCAGCAGCACAGGGCCCCUGGUGAAGCCAUCUCCCCAGCUCUCAGUGCACCAAGCGGUGCUGCUGCAGAUGGCAGCACUCGCUCACAACGACACCCCUCGCACGGACCACGGCCUUGAGGUUCUCUACUACUUUGCCAAUGCUGAGGGAACUCUCGCGGACCCCUCUGUCUCCCCCUCCUCCUCCGCUGCGUCGCUCCUCUCCCCCCUGCCGUGCUACUUCGGGUUUGCAGCAGACCUUUACCACUUUGGGCAUUUCGCUCUCAAGUUCAAAACAAGGUACCGUCGGCUGUUGAACCACGGGGGAGCGCGCAUUCUCUCCUCGCGCCCGCUCAACAGCUCAGGCUCAUGUGUGCAGUGCAGGGUGGCAGUGAGACUAGCUCCCUUGCUGGCCCAGACCAAGGGAGGGAAGCUGGAUGUGCAUGGGAAGGGGAUGGGGAGAGAAGACAAGGGGGAGGGGGAGAGGGUGGAGGGGAGUGUGGGUGAGGGAGAGGAGAGUGGGGGGGAUGGCGGGGAGGGAGAGGAGAGCGAAGGAAGUGUGGAGGAGGGAGAGGAGGAGUGGGUGAUGCAACUGUCGCAUGUGGUGAGGGGUAUUCAACCACCCUGCUGGCUUGUUGAUUCGCUCCUGCCCAGCAACAAAUAA